UCGACGCUAAAAGCGUCGUAUUGGGAUCCCUCUAUUUUGUUAGGGCGUGCGGGCAACUCGCCCUCUACAGCUAGCCCAAGCAAACUUUGCACGAACGGUGUGAGUAUUACGUCUUUUGUAACGUUGUGUAAUUUUAAGAUUUUAGUCCUUUUUGCAGUGCGAAUUGUUUGUUUAUAGCAGCUUCCCUUUGAGUUCAUUCCUUGUGAACAUUGCAGUUGCGAUUCAUGGCGGAUCGCAGGCUUAUAGGCUGGCUUGUUGGUUUCAUGGGGGACGGAGUAGACGCCAUUAGUAGAAACAGCAUAAAGAAAAACGUGUGUCAAAGUAAUGGUGCCCUUCAGCCUGGCUAACAAACUACAAAAGAGGCCGUUACUGUAUGCAAAACACUUCCCAAUUGGAACUGGAGUCAGGGAACCGGCCGGGAUUGUGACUGGUAUUUGUUUGUACGACUUUUACUUGUGCCGAUGGACUAGUCCAUGUCCUUAUCCAUCCACCUGUAGCCCAUCCAUUUUGUCUGGAUGACGUAAGCUUACCGGAUCUUCGCACUUGGUCUGUACAGCCAUUGGUAUUCACGGGGGGUGUUUUAAAUUAUUUUUAGAAGUAGUAUUCAGAUUAGUUGGUUCUUGAAUAGUUCCUUGAGAUUUUUAAACACUUUGUGAAUUAUUCUUUUGAUUUUGUAAGGGCGGCCAGCCCGUGGUAAGUCAACUAGUGGCACAGACACAAACUACGACCGCAUAUCCCGACGUCAUGUCCCUCUUUUGUGGUUAAAUAUCAGACCAAUCUUACUUUGUCCCUCCACCGCUGAAUUUUCAAACACUAAUCUGUUAACACAUCUUACUUCGUGACCUCGUGAUGAACUGUCGCGGUUCAUAUUCAGUGAGCGGUAUCUAGUUCCGAGCCCACUGCAGUUCCAGUAGGAUAGUGAUUCACUGACUAUUCGGGGAUUUUACUCAGUGCCAAGAAUUUCCUAGCUCGUAAAGCCAGCAUGACCAUCUAAUGUAUAACUUGGCGGUUGUCCUUUUGUUAUGCAACCGAACACUCAUCAGCGGACAGUCAGACAUCAGACUCUAUGGUGAUGGGCCCGGUUUGUAUUGCACAACUGACUUGUGUACUUUACAUGCAUUUUGGAUUUUUUUUUUCAGCCAAACCAAGAUGGCCUCCACAUUUGUAGGCGGGACUUUGGCUCGGUUUUUCUCGCGAGUGCAGAUCAAACAUAGACGUGUCUUUUCCAUGUUUGAUCUCACGCGGAGUACACUGCCCAAGGAAAACGCCGGCCAGCCUCCGUUCUUUUGUCACUCUUUUUACCAGCAGGAGACUUUGUCGAAGGCUUCUGCCAAGCUUUACUGCACACAGUCAUCACAAUUCUUCACUGUUCCACCGCAGCCACUAACCUGUGAGGCGGCACCAGCUGACCCUGGCAAGAAUGGCUGCAAGAUACUAACCAACGUGGAGGUGGACACCAAGAAGAAGCAACUCCUUGUUUCCUGGGAAGGUGGUGCUGAGAGUCAGACCUUUCCAUUCGUCUGGCUGCGAGACCAUUGCCACUGUCCAGAAUGUUUCCAUCCAGCUGCCCUGUCCCGUUUGCCCAGCGCGCAGGUAGUCAACGCUGACGUAGCCGCCGAAUCCGCUGAAAUAUCUGCCGACGGGAGGAAGCUAAGUGUCCAAUGGGAUGACGACCACCAGAGCCAAUUUUCAACGGAUUGGCUGAGGUUCUAUCGCUUUGAAGAGUCUGGGGACGACCAGCUGCUCGAUCCCAAGUUAAGUUUCUGGGGCGCUAGCGCCACACCACAUUUCUCAGAUUUUGGUGAGUUGCUUGCAGACGACCGGGCCCUCUACGUGUGGCUGGUGGAGCUGGUAAUUCGUGGGAUGGCUGUAGUAAGAGAAAGUCCAGCUGAGGUUGGUCAGUUGCAAAAGCUUGCCAAACGAGUGGCUUAUCUUCAACCAACAUGUUUCGGAAAUACUUUUCAGGUCAAGAAUAAAUAUGGUACAACCAACAUCGGAUACACAACUGGUGCUUUAAAGUUGCACAACGACUUGACGUACUACUUGCGGCAACCCGGGAUCAUAAUGCUGCACUGCAUCGAGCAGGCCGAAGGGGAAGGAGGCGAAAACCUCAUUUCGGACGGCUUCAAGGUCGCCAUGGAUCUGAAGGAAAUUGACCCGGAAGCAUUUCGUCUCCUGACGACCUACUCGUUUGAAUAUUCGGACAAGGGAAUAGACUGCUUUGGACGUUAUUACACGCACACCAGGCGUCCAGUUAUCAAGUUAAACGAACGUGGCAACAUCGAGACAAUUGCCAUCAGUAAUCACAGCCGGGACCCCAUGCUCCGAGUUCCCGUUGACCAGGUGCUGCCUAUUUACCGCGCCCUUGAGAAAUACUUCAAAAUGCUCCAACAACCAGAAAAUAUGUUCAAGUACAAAAUGAAGAAAGGAGAUAUCCUGUCACUUAACAACUGGCGAGUUUUACAUGGCCGCAGCUCCUUUCAGUUGACUGAGGCUGGUGGUCGCCAUGUUGAAGGAGGCUAUCUGGAUUGGGAUGAGGUUAAUUCUCGACUGCGUGUCCUCACAAUUCAGUUUGGAAAUAAGAGCGGUUAAGGACACCACAAUAACUCAACUGAAACCAGUGACUAGUUGUCUUGAUUUCUAUUACAUGCAACUAUUAAGUUACGUGUACUCAUGAAUACUGGAGAAUCGGUUUAUAGAAUUACACCACCAGAUGCAAGUUCUGAAGAGUUUGACCAGAGAACAGUUAUUUACUGAUGGUCCAGAUGGAAAUUAACGAUCAGGUCAAUUUUUUGUUGCUUUUGCUUUAAGGAGUUGUUCCCAUUUCGCUUCCUCAUUUCACGUAGCUUAAAGUAGCUAUAUUGCACAAACAAAUGUACCCAUCAGAAACGUUAGUGUAUUGGCAGGUAUUUUAUUAUGUGGAAAUUAAUGAACAUGUUAAGACGGUUUGAUCUUUCUGAUUGGUCCUGCGCCUGUGGUUUAAAGGUUCUAUACUAUUCGACUUUUAAUACGACUCUUCAUGUGCACAUUUGUGUCCUAAUAACGUUAUGAUAUGUUUUUGCUUGGUCAUUUUUGCGUCUUUUGGUUUCUAAUGCAGUGCCAUUUACAUAUUCAUGAGUAAACCUGUGAUGUGAGAAAACCUAAUGUUAGGCCUACAUUGGUUUGUGCCAAAAUUGGUAGAACUUUAUUUUACAGUCCAGUAUUUCCUUUUCUUUGGUGAUUCAUUGUAGAUUAAUAACUUGAAUAUUAACGAAAGAGUGAUCCUUUAUCAGAAAGAUUUCCAUCGAGCAGAUUCUGGGAUCGAAUUCGGACCAGAGAAGGUCUACGCUGAUCACUGUUUUCUCUGAAUGACAUCACAGCAGCAGUGCCCUCUAUUGUUCACUGCAGCAUGAACCCAUUAAGAACUGGACCAGGCAGACUUGAUUUUUUUCCAUAAAAUUUACGAAGUACGUGCUUAUUAAGUCAACGUUGAAUAUUCAUACCAGGCUUGUACAGGAAAUAUUCUUAGAGAAAAUAUAGUUUUAAAAGACUGUGUUAUGUAAUCAGGUCCUGUCUUUAACAUUCUUUAAGUGCCUAUAUUCGCCAACGUCACUUCCUGCCGAGGUCAAAGCAACUUUCUUAGCACUGGCUCACGCCGCAUGCAUAGCAACCGGAUCCUUCCUGUACUUAAAGUGUGGGACGAAACAGUCAAUAUUUAACGUAAAAAUUCAACCAUUCAGACUAACAUUUUGAAGGGACACAUGGGCGGCUGCUAUGCAGCAGGAUGUAAUCACACAAGUGAGAGCCAUCGUUGCAAGUUCUUUCGCUUCGCGGCUUCACAUUUGACAGAAUUCCGAACAUGGGUUUCGAUGAGCAAGUAUGAGGAUCAUCAUUGCUUUGUAUUUAAAAUCCGUAAAUACGAACUCAAUAAAACUAGCCGAUUUUCAAGGGCAUGAAAGUAAGGUUUCACACAUUUCUUAUGCCUGAGGCGAAAAUUCAUCGUAGAUAAGAUGUUAUUCUUCGAAAUUAGAGAGGAUUUAGUUAUUAAAUAUGAUUAUUUACUUGUAAUUUUGGCCCAGAAAAUAGGCAAUGCUCAUCCUCUACCAGUCAGUGCAUUCAAUAUUAGCCGCCAUGAUUGCCAGUGAUCAUGUAUGACCACCGUGAGAGCUUUCCGAAUAGAUGUGCUAGCGUACGCAUGAUCGGUCAAGAUCAAGUGAAACUGGCGAGUCACAGCGGCCGUUUAAUCAUGCAGCGGAAAAACUCGCAUCACGAUACCGUACCAUGGACGUAUAUAAAAAAAUUGGACUCGCAGUCCCCUUAAUCAGCUUAUUGAGAUCAUUGAAUUCACUAGCAGUCAUUUUACCAAUCCGAAUACAAAGCUUGCCUGGCAAUGCCCGUCUUUUUUCUCCCUGGCGUCAAUAGAAGCGAGCCAACUCGCGCAUUUGUAUUCAGCUCGGUAAAAUAGCCGUGUACCAUACAUUCAAACAGCCAUGAUGGCUCUGUGUGAAAAAGCAUACACAUAUGCAGCAAGGUAUG